AUUCCACCCUUUCUACAAUGGCGGGUGAACACAAAAAGGCCAUCAGCUUUUCGCUUUCCUUUUCACUUUUCCACUGAAUUUCGAGGAGAUCAUCCACAUUCCUCAACUUGAAUGGUUACAAUAUUUAAUUAGGGAAGAUCCUGACAUCAAAAUGUUAACCAUCUCAUCCUUCUCAUCUUGAUCCCUUCUUCUCUUUCUUCACACCCCGAUCCACAUUAGCCUUCUUCUCUUCUCAAAAUCCAUGGCCGAUUCCCGCAAGAAGACUAUCAUCGACACUGACCCUGGCAUCGAUGAUGCUAUGGCCAUUUUUCUGGCUUUACAAUCCCCAGAGUUGGAUGUGCUUGGACUAACCACUAUUUUUGGGAAUGUUUAUACUACUCUUUCCACAAGAAAUGCCUUGCAUCUGUUGGAGAUUGCUGGUAGGACUGACAUCCCAGUGGCUGAAGGAUCGCAUGUCACAAUAACUAAAGGUACAAAACUUCGUGUUGCUGAUUUUGUCCAUGGGGCCGAUGGACUUGGCAACCAAAAUUUUCCACCUCCAAAUGGGAUUCCGAUAGACCAGUCGGCAGCUGCUUUUCUUGUUGAACAGGCAAAUCUUUACCCUGGAGAAGUAACAGUUGUGGCUCUAGGACCGCUAACAAAUAUUGCACUGGCUUUGCAAUUGGAUCCCGGAUUUUCAAAGAAAAUUGGGAAGAUUAUUAUUCUUGGUGGUGCAUUUUUCGUGAAUGGAAAUGUAAAUCCUGCAGCAGAAGCCAAUGUAAGUUGCUUCACUCUUUUAAUGCGACAACAACUCUUGUGAGUUCAUUGCCUGCUUCCCCUGUCACCAUUUUUAAGCUUGAAACUGCACUUCUCUAUCUUGUGUAUCCUACUUUUAUGUAUCAAAGAGGUUUUGUGGAUUUGAAUCUACCGCUUUAAAACAGAGGGCUUUAUAAUGCCAGGAAACAAAAUUCUUUUUUGCUUUCGUACAUUUAAAUCUAACAAAAUAUCUAAAAUCCUUGGUAGAAAGCUAAAUGUUUAUCCAUCCUCCAUAAAUGUUUACUUUUACACCUAAACUUUAUUAGUGUUUUAUAUUUUGAUUACAGAAACAAUGAACUGUAGGGAAGGGAAAGAGGACAUGAAAGUUAAAAUGGAAUAUUUGGAGAAGAAUAGAUUUUGGGAACAGGUAGAGAUGAAAAUAGCAAA